AUGAGCUCUUCGGAAGCAACACCCUCGUUGGACUUGAAUGAUGUCCUUAGAGAACAUACUCCUACGUCAUUCCAAGAUAAUCGACACCGUUAUUUCACCAAAACUGAAAAACAACAAGUUGACAUUGACAAAACUAGUAACAGGUUCAAAUACUUGUUGGGCCUCACUGGACUUUUCCGCCAUUUCAUAGAGGCUAAGGCUAAUAAGGAUCCUUUAUUCCGCAAGAUUGUUGAUGAUAUCCAUGAAAGCGAAGAGCAAAAGAAUAAGGAUGCUGCCGUUCACCGUAGAAGAAAGACUGAGAAGGAAGAAGACGCCGAAUUGUUGAGAAGCGAUGUUGGCUCAACCAGCUCAAUUUGGGAAUUCACUGAUUCUCCUGGCUAUAUUCAUAAUGGGAAAUUAAGACCAUACCAAAUCCAAGGGUUGAAUUGGUUGAUUUCGUUGUAUGAAAACAACUUGUCGGGGAUAUUGGCUGAUGAAAUGGGAUUGGGUAAGACCUUGCAAACCAUUUCAUUUUUAGGUUAUUUAAGAUACAUUAGAAAUAUUAAUGGUCCACAUAUUGUCAUUGCUCCUAAAUCUACCUUGGAUAACUGGAGACGAGAAUUUAACCGCUGGAUCCCCGACAUUAAAGUGUUGGUUGUUCAGGGUGACAAAGAAGAAAGAGCAGAGUUGAUAAGGGAUAACGUAUUGACAUGUAAUUUUGAUGUUAUCAUUGCCUCUUAUGAAAUUGUCAUUAGAGAAAAAUCCACAUUCAAGAAAUUUGAUUGGGAAUAUAUCAUAAUUGAUGAAGCUCACAGAAUUAAGAAUGAAGAAAGUUUGCUUUCACAAAUUAUUAGGAUGUUUCACUCCAAGAACAGACUAUUAAUUACUGGUACUCCAUUACAAAACAACUUGCGAGAAUUGUGGGCAUUGCUUAACUUUAUAUUACCUGAUGUGUUUGCCGACAAUGAUUCCUUUGACGAAUGGUUCCAUCAGGAUAAUCCUAACGAAGACGAAGACAAUAAAGUAAUUGUUCAACUUCAUAAAGUUUUGAAACCAUUUUUGCUUCGUCGUAUUAAGGCCGAUGUUGAAAAAUCUCUUUUACCCAAGAAAGAACUUAAUGUUUAUGUCAAAAUGAGUGAUAUGCAAAAGAAUUGGUAUCAGAAGAUCUUGGAAAAGGAUAUUGAUGCCGUCAAUGGUGCCAAUAAGAAAGAAUCCAAGACUAGAUUGCUUAAUAUUGUCAUGCAAUUGAGAAAGUGUUGUAAUCACCCUUAUUUGUUUGAAGGUGCCGAGCCGGGACCUCCGUACACUACGGAUGAGCAUUUAGUUUUCAAUUCGGAAAAGAUGAUUAUUUUGGACAAGUUAUUGAAGAAGUUUAAGCAAGAAGGUUCAAGGGUGUUGAUCUUUUCCCAGAUGAGUAGAAUGUUGGAUAUUUUGGAAGACUAUUGUUAUUUCCGAGAAUUUGAAUAUUGUAGAAUUGAUGGGCUGACUGAACAUUCAGAUAGAAUCAAUGCCAUUGACGAAUAUAACAAGCCUGACUCGGAGAAGUUUGUGUUCUUGUUGACCACCAGAGCUGGUGGAUUGGGUAUUAAUUUGACUACUGCCGACAUUGUUAUUUUGUUUGAUUCUGAUUGGAAUCCUCAGGCUGAUUUACAAGCUAUGGAUCGUGCCCAUAGAAUUGGACAAACUAAACAAGUUAAAGUUUUCCGAUUCAUUACUGAAAAUGCCAUUGAAGAAAAGGUUUUGGAACGUGCUACUCAAAAAUUAAGAUUAGAUCAAUUAGUUAUUCAACAGGGGAGAAAUAUGGGUGGAUUAGAUGGACAACAAAGUAGCAAAGCAGCAUCUAAGAAUGAAUUAUUGGAUAUGAUUCAAUUCGGGGCUGCUGAUAUGUUCAAGUCAGGCGAUGACAAGGAAGAACUUGAUAUUGAAGAUAUUUUGAAGCAUUCCGAAGAGAAAACCAUGGAGUUGAAUUCAAAGUAUGAAAAGCUUGAUUUGAAUGCAUUACAAAAUUUCACUAAUGAUGAAUCGGUGUAUGAAUGGAAUGGUGAGAAUUUCAAAAAGAAGGAGUUGAAUACUAUUGAUAAUAUCGGACAUGGGUGGAUCAACCCUGGUAAGAGAGAACGUAAGGAGAAUUAUUCCAUUGAUAUGUACUAUAAGGAUGUUUUAAAUACUGGUGGUAGAACCACGGUAUCCAAGUCUGGUCCUAAACCACCUAAACAAUUAAAUAUUUUUGAUCAUCAAUUUUAUCCACCUAAAUUACUUGAAUUGUAUGAAUUGGAAAAAAAUUAUUACAAGAAACAAACGCAUUACAAGGUCAAGAAUGAUGAUCCAUUGGAAAAGAAAUUGAAACAACAAGAAAUUGAUAACUCCCGACCAUUAACCGAGGAAGAAAAGCAAUUAAAGGAAGAACUUUUAACACAGGGGUACAGUAAUUGGAAUAGACGGGAUUUUAAUCACUUCAUCCUGGUUUGUUCCAAAUAUGGACGUAACUCCAUCUCCUUGAUUGCCCAAGAAUUUGAAGACAAGACUAUUGAUGAAGUUCGAGAAUAUGCCAAGGCAUUCUGGAAGAAUUAUCAAGAAAUCGAAGGGUAUGAAAGGUACAUUAAUCAAAUUGAAGCUGGUGAAGAAAAGAUCCUUAAGGUUAAAUUGCAAAAGGAAGCGCUUAGAAGAAAGUUAUCUCAAUAUAAAUAUCCGUUACAGGAAUUAGUAUUGAAAUUUCCACCUGCUGCCACCAACAAGAGAAUUUUCAGUGAUGAAGAAGAUAGGUUCUUACUUGUGCAAUUAUACCGAUUUGGAAUUGAUCUGCCUGAUGUUUACGAUCAAAUUAAACAAACUAUUAGACAAUCGCCAUUGUUUCAAUUUGAUUUCUUUUUCCAAAGCAGAAACACCAGUGAAUUGUCGAGAAGAUGUACUACUUUGUUAGCAUGUAUUGUAAAGGAAAUUCAUCCUGAUGAGACCACCAAUGGUAAGAGAUCCAAGGAAUCUACCCCUGAUGUCAAGACUACUAAAAGACAAAAGAAAAAGUAAGUAAUUGUAUCAAAUGUGUAUAUUAUGUGUAUUACCUAUAGACAAAUUAGCUAUGCUGGUUUAAUAGUGUUACAAUGUAAGUUUCAAACUGUAAUGGUGUUAUAAUGGAAGUAAAUCUUGCUACGGUUUGGCCAUCUCUAUUGACGAUAAACUUUUCAAAAUUCCAUCGCACGCCACGGAAUCCUAGCACACCCUUGACCUGUCCUUUUAAAUACGUGUAUAAUUCGUGUUCAUCGUCACCAUUGACAUAUACUUUCUUCAUAAUGGGGAAAGUAACACCGAAAUGACGCUGACAGAAACUUGCAAUGUUUGAUUCGUCGCCUGGUUCUUGAUUCCCAAAUUGAUUGCAUGGGAAUCCCAAGAUCUCCAAACCCCGAUCGUGAUACUUUUCGUAUAGCUGUUGUAGUUCUUUGUAUUGUGGUGUGUACCCGCAAAGACUUGCCACGUUGACUAUUAUGACGACUUUGUUUCUGAAUUGGUUAAAAUCUAUGUUGUUGUUGUUUCCAUCAGGAAUAACAAACGAGUAAAACUGAGAUGGAUGUCGUAUGGUUUUGUUCAUGUUGUGGUUGAUAAAUUCUAAUAAUGCAAAACUUUCAUGUCCUCGGCUGAGGUUAUAUACAAGUAAAGGAAUGUAUUGGAUGUGAUGGAUGGUUGGUAGUUGAUAAAUUUUUGCAACUUUCGAUUACAAAUAAAUCAUCCGGGUGUUCCUUUCCGUUCGGAGUUUGGACUUUCUUUUUUUUUUUUGUUUUCAACGGCUACCAUGAAAGCGAUGAGAGAUAAUGUGGCGUCGCCAGUUCAAAUUAAUAAGGCACGAUUUAAAAGAAUGACCGUAAUGUUAAAGUUUACGUAACUGGGCUAUAGGGAGGUGGAUUAAUACGAAUGUAGUAUAUCAAGACUUCCAAUAAUAUGACUCAGAAAAUAAAAGGUUUUGUUUACAACGGUGAGCUUAACCGAAAGGAGGCACUGUCAAGGUAUUGUCAAAGUAUUGUCAAGGGAAUGAUGAUUUCUAAGCCAAUGAGUUGUAGCAUGAUGUCACCUGUUCGGACUCUAUCGGAAUUCGGCUUUAAUGAGAGGUUGGCACUGUCUUCAAUUUAUAAUGCACCUCCUCUUCAGGCCACUGACAUUUGCUUAAAACUAGGUAGUAAAUCACCCCACCAGGUGUGUUGUAGACUGGAUUACGUAAGAUGAGAUAUUGGAUUGUUUAUCUGCACAUUAACAAUGCCUUGAUGUUGCAUGUCUAAACUAUUUUAUUCUUGUAUUUUAUACUUUGUUCUUUAUCUGAAG